AUGAUGCUGCCCAAGGCCGCCUGGCUUCUCACCUGCUGGCUAUGGCACACAGCCGUGGAGGCAACCCCAACCACCACGCCCCGACCACUGCCUACAUUCCCAGUCUCCAUGGCAGACCACGGCGAGGUAUUCCUAGUCAUCCCCGAAGGGCCCAAGGCCCUCGGAACGCCCGGCUACUUCCGGAGUCAGGGCGGCAUCAGCGAAGGUUCGCUGCCUGCGCCCGAUGCCGAAACAGCAGCCGAGUGGCAGCGCCUUCGCAACAUCAGACCCGACGACAGCGAGGACUCGAUUGACUUUGAAGACUUGUCCCUCGUCCUCAUGAGCCUUGUGCCCGACGAGGCAGCCGCGCGGCGCCAGGCCUGGAUGAUGCUCGAUCAGCGCCGGCAGCCGGCUCAAGCAGAGCGCGUCUGGAUAUUCCGCAUCGCAACAGGACCCAACGUGUGGCUUGGGGAGUGGCAAGAUGUUCUCGGCAACCCCAUGUCCAUGUCCCGUGCGCUUGGGGGCCUGCCUUGGUCGCAAAUCAUCAACUUUACCGAGUUGGACGGAACUAAUGCCGAUGUGAGAAACUUGUUUGAGACGUUGACCGAGAGGGACCCCGUUGUUCCGCCGGUGGUGGCUACAAUGGAGCUGUCAUGGAUGAACAAUGAUGAUUACGAUGCGGCGUGGGGGAAUUACGGUAGUGUCAGGGGAAUACCGCACCGGGUAUUCGAUGCCCCUGAGGGCAUGACGCGCAUGGAGAUGGCGAGGGACCUGAUGGCGCUGGUGACGAGUAGCCGGGUCGUGCCUGAUGCGCAGCGACGACAGGAGUUGCGCGAGUUGCUGGACUGGGAUAUUGAUGCUGAGCCUGGGCGUGAUUUCCCGCUUCUUCGGCACGGACAGCCUACGACGCUGGAGGCUGCUGCGUUGUCGCGGAUUCAAUGGGGACAGGUGCAGAUCCCGCCUAAUAUUCAGCUAGCUCUGGCAUCGGGGCUUGUCACCAUUGGUCAAUGCGGCACGGCAUUGAGACAGAUUAGGGAUGCUGUCAAUAAGGGUCCAAAGGGCAAGAGAGGCGUGGUGUGGUAG